CUCAGAUGAACUGUAUAGUAUUAAGGUCUAUGCACCUCUAUCAAGAGAUCUAUGUGCAAGUUGUAGAAAAGAAUUAUAUACCCAACGCUUCCAUCCUUAGUUCAUCAUUUGUGAAAUUAAUCAUUAAAGACCAAUGCUUUUCCCUUGUCGUCCAAACUCAUUACGAGAUAUAUCCGUGACAUGUAGAGCAGAGGUGUUGGGUUGCUUAGAAGAGAGCAAUGGCACCGAGGACGGCGAGAACGCCGGCAGGGGCGAUGCGACCGGCAGCAGCGGUGACAACGGCAGGCUGAGUACCCUCAGGGACGGGGUAGGUAGCGGUAGGGUUGACGGGGACGGGCUCAGCGCCGGUGGGCUUGCCGGGGACAGCGGGAGCAGUGGGGUGAGGACCCUCGGGCUUACCGGGCUUGCCAGGCUUGCCGGGAGUGGGCUGAGGGUAGGGGUGCUCGGAAGCAGGGUGAGUGGUGGUGAAGUGGCAGUCGGUGACGGUGACGGUUCCGGGAGCGGUGACAGUGACGGUCUUGUUGCCGUAGGUCAGAGUGGUGGGCUCAGGGCAGUAGGUAGUCACGGCGGUGAUGACCUCAGUGGUGUAGACGGGGUGAGGGACAACGGGCUUGGUGGGCUUGACGGGGUAGCUGACUGUGCAGGGGCAGUCGGUGAUGGUCAAGGUGGUCUCAGAGGUGACGGUGUAGGUCUUGUCACCGUAGGUGAGAGUGGUAGCACCAGGGCAGUAGGUUGUGAUGGCGGUGACAACCUCGGUGGUGUAGUGAGUAGCGUUGGAGGGAGGGGCGUAGUAGGGAGAAGCGGUGGCAGCUCCGAUGAGGAGGCCAGCAGCAGCAACCUUGAUAGCAACCAUUUUGAAGGAUAUUGAGAUGAUUUAAGUUCUGACUUGUUAAAACGAGUGAAGUGCAGAAAAGCAAGAUUAAGCUUUGAGCGAGAGUGUAACGACUGAAGCGAGUGUAGUUGUUGGGAAAAAGAAGAAGUGAGGGAAAAGGUGGAAGAGAAUGAGGGUAUUUAUCUUGAGCUCAACACCAAGUUGAGUCAAGCUGAGCUGAACCAAACUGGGCUGAUAGAUACGGAA